CUAUGAUAGGAACUCAUUCUCAGUUGGUGGGUGUUGUCUAAAGACUGAAGACGUGUGCUACAAUGGAACAUCUGGAUGUCGAACUAUUCAUCGACGCAAUAGAAAAACGACCAUCUUUGUGGGAUUCAUCGUCAGGAGACUACAAAAACAGACAGCUUAAAAGAGACGAUUGGAAGGAAGUGUGCGAAAUUGUUAUCCAAAAAUUUGGGGAAAAAGAUGAAAAAGAAAGGCAGGAAAUUGGUAGAGAAGUUCAACUUAAAUGGAAAAGUCUGAGGGAUGCUUAUGUUCGUACCAUUCGACAGUCUAAGGGAAAAAAAUCAGGAGCGUCUGCUAAAGCUGUAAAAACGUACAUCUAUGCUAAACAAUUAGGAUUUUUACGAAAGGUGACUGGUUCCCGUCAGACAGAGAGCUCACUACCAAGUACAUCAAGAGAGGGCCAAGAAGAUAUGGAUGUUUCAAAGGACAUAAAUGACAUGCAAAGUACUUCAUCAGAUGUCCAACAUACUCAGUUCGACAGCCAAAUGGAAACUGGACGAACUCCUAGUAGAAGUACUCUCUAUAGAAGAAAGAAAUCAGAUUUAGAAAGUAAACUUGCAAGCUAUAUUGAUUCCCAUAACAGACAGCCAGCAUUAGCUAUACAAAGUCAACCACAAGAAACUGAUGACAUGGCCUUUUUUAGAUCAUUACAAGCAAGUUUAGAUACGCUCACUCCGAAUGAGAAAUUGAAUUUUCGAAUAGAGGUCAUGCAAUUAUUAAGCCGAUAUACUAACAAACAACCAAAUCAGUAUAUACACAAUUUUCCAAAUCAUAUACCCCAUUACCAACCACAGCAAUAUCCAGUAAUGACCAACAUCUCUAAUAUACGUUUUAAUACGCCAGCACCUCCAUUCGCAUCAUAUUCUACAGUAUCAUCUGAGAUCACACCUCAUUUGCCUCAUCCUAAUACUGAUACUACUGAAUCACUUGCUGUGACGUCACCACAAACGCCAUUUUCUCCGACGGAAUCGGAAAAUUCAAUAAUUUCACAAGCCGAAUCACUAAUAUCACUGUUAUCAAAUCAAUAA